CUUGGCCCCCCCAGUUCGGGUGCAGCAUUCGGCGCGGCCGCGGCACGGGGACGGGGGCCGGUCAGUGGCGCGUCCCCUGGCCCCCGCGAUCAGCACAGCGCAGCCCCAGCCGUCCCCGUGGGCAGACGGACGGACGGGUGGCAGGAGGGCCUGGGGACACCGCAGCACCCGCUGCCCUCACGCCAGCACCCCCUUGUCCCCCAGCUCCGCCGGGACCCCCCCCCCCCCCCCGCCGGUGGCAGGAUCUGGCCCCAUGGGCCCCCCUGGGCUCCUCCUGGGCGCCCUGGGGCUGCUGGCUCUGGGGGCCGCGGGGGCCGCAGGGGAGCUGGGGCCGCUGCCCGAGGACGCGGCGCAGGAGCACGGCUACUACCUGCAGCAGCUCUUCGGGCAGUACGGGGCCAACGGGACGCUGCCCUUCGAGGGGCUGGCGCGGCUGCUGGGCAGCCUGGGGCUGGGCCGCGUGCAGGUGGUGCAGAUCCAGCACGAGGAGCUGGGACACGGCCACGUCAGCCACCUCGACCUGCUGGAGGUGCAGGAGGAGAAGCACCGGCACUGGCACUCCGUCUGGGAGCACGGCGGGGACCCAGCACCCAGCGCCCCGCUGCCCACCCGCGCCCCCAGCCCCCGGCCCUCCCAGACAAAAAGCUGGAUGAAGCCGGUGCCCACCGAGCCCCCCGGUGCUGGGGCCACCCCUGGGAGCCGCGGGGCGCCCCCACACCCUCGGCAGGACCAGCCCGGCCUGAGCUUGCUGGGGCGGGUGCUGGGCUUGGAGCACUCCAGCGCCGACCACCCGCAUGAUGAUUGCCUCAACGUCACCCAGCUGCUGGUGAAUUUUGGGCUGGACUCGGUGUCGCAGCUGACGCCGGAGCAGUUCACCCUCCUCUGCCCGGCCCUGCUCUACCAGAUCGACAGCCGUGUCUGCAUCCAGCACAGCGAUGAGGUGACGCUGCCUCCCCCGGGGGGGGCCCUGUGGCCAGCGCUGGGCUGGGGGCUCCUGGCCGUCACCUUCGUCAGCCUGCCCUCCGCCCUGGCUGUCGUCCUCGUCCCGCUGCUGAGCCGCAGCUUCUUCCGCUCGCUGCUGGCCUUCCUGGUGGCGCUGGCCGUGGGGACGCUCUGCGGGGAUGCCCUGCUCCACCUCUGGCCCCACGCCCAGGGGAAGCACCAGGAGACACCGGUGGAGCCAGGGGCUGCGGUGCUGCAGGGGCUGGCGGUGCUGGGGGGCAUCUACCUGCUCUUCCUGGUGGAGCUGCUCCUGGGGAUGCUGCGGCGGAGCCGGGAGGCCACGGGACGCUCCCCUCGAGAGACCCCUGACGUGGCCACGGGGGUCCUGGCACCGUCGCAAGGAGGGGCUGAGCUGCGACACCUGACGGCACCGGAGCCAGAGCUGGAGCUCAAGCCCCAGGGACACCCCCACGGACACUCCUCCCACGGACACUCCCACGGCCCCGCGCUGCCCCCCAGCCCCGGGGCCACUGACAUUGUCUGGAUGGUGGUGCUGGGGGACGGGAUCCACAACCUGACGGACGGGCUGGCCAUCGGUGCUGCCUUCUCCCACAGCCUCUCCAGCGGCCUCAGCACGGCGCUGGCCGUGCUCUGCCACGAGCUGCCCCACGAGCUGGGUGACCUGGCGGUGCUGCUGCGGGCGGGCACGGCCCCCCGCACCAUCCUGCUCCUCAACCUGCUCUCGGCCCUGCUCUCCUGCCUGGGGGCAGCAGCGGGGGCGGCCGUGGGGCAGAGCGCGUCCCACCUCACCCCCUGGAUCCUUACCGCCACCGCCGGCAUCUUCCUCUACGUGGCCCUGGCCGACAUGCUCCCCGAGGUGCUGCGGGGCGCCGAGGGCCCCGGCGAGGGCACCUGGGGCCGCUUCCUCCUGCAGAACGCGGGGUUCCUGCUGGGCAGCGGCAUCAUGCUGGGCAUCGCCCUCGCCGAGGGACACGUCCGCGCCUGGCUGCAGCCCUGAGCAGCCCCGGGGCUCAGCCCCGCUCGCUCCCGCCGCCGACCAGAGCAGGGAACCAUGGCCGGAGCCCGCGGCGGCCGAACUGGAAGGAUGGCAGGACGGCGGGAGCCCCAAACGUGCCCCCAGGACUCUCCCCCCUCCUCGUGAGAUCCCCAGGAGCACCCGCCGUCCCCGGGAGGCUCCGUGGCUCAGCUCUGCACAGCCCCCCCAGCCCCGCGGGGAGGGGACGUGGGGUCCCCUCGCCGCCCUGUCUCCUCUCCCGGGGGCCUGGGACGGCAGUGGGGUGCUCACACGCCCGGCUCCGGGGGCGAGGUCGAGCGCGUUCCUCCUUCCCGCUCCCCCUGGACCAGCCAUUAGCGGAGAAAGGACGACAGGACAUAGAAGCAAUAGCAUUUUAAUAAACAUAAUUGAUUCAAAGCCACAAUAUGAAUAACAGGACUUGGUCGCAGCUUACAUUGUAUAAAAUAGAUCAAGUCUGAAUGCUUUUUUCUAUUUUUUUUUUACCUUUUUAUUUUUUUAAUUUCUUUUCAGUUCCUUUCCCCCCCCUCCCUCCCCGAAAGUGAUGCAGGAUUUCUGAAAAUACAUAUAUGGAACAUUCGAGACAAAAGUAACCGCUCACUAGGCUCAGGCGGGGGUAAGGAGGAGGCCGACAGGAUAGCAUCUGCGCUGCGGGGACGGAUGGCUUGUUGGGCUGAUUUCCUUCUCCUACAUAUCACCUCAUAUUCGCUCCCUAGAACCACGAGGGGGUUGAACGGCUUUCUGUUUCCCUUGCGCGACACGAAGGGAUUUUGCUCACUCCAAUUUCCUCCACCCAGAGACAAGUGCUUCGCUGGUCGGGACUGAUUUCGGGGCUCUCUGGGGCGCCUGCUCUCAGGAGAAGGGCGAGAAACCAGCAAGCUCAGGGGGACAUGGCUCAGUUUGCCCACCAAGGCACCCGGCACCUCGAGGCCGCCGUGACGGCCCCGGGGAGAUUUCGUACUUUUUUUUUUUUUUUUUUUUUUUUUCUAUUUUUAAAUUGCACAUCAAAA